GUUAAAAAUUAACUAGUUAUAUUCAGAUAUUGGCAGUGAUUAUUAAAUAUUAUAUUAUAUUUUAUCUAUAAUUAAAUGUUUGUUGAUUUACGAUAAAAUAUUGUUUAGUGUUUAGUGACGUUCAUAUGAUAUAACUUAUGUAUACUAAAAUUUAUUGUUAAUAAUAAAAAAAAAUAUUUUCCUUGAUAUUAGGUUUGGAUUAGCUAUGAAGGUGACGUUUUCCUGGUCGAUAUAUUCGUGUUUAGUUUUCGGAACUGGAAUUUUGUGUGACCAUAAACUUGAAAGACGACAAGCUGAACCAUCUUGCUUAAUAACCACAGAGGAUACUUUUAGUUGUUCUGAUGGAAACUGUAUUAUAUGGUCGUCAGUUUGCGAUGGUUGGGAAGAUUGCUCAGAUGGUUCAGACGAAAACAAAGAACUGUGUAAUCGAUAUGAAUACGAAAUGAAUACAACGUUAGAAUGCGGAAGAUUAAAUAUCAAUGGCAUUCGGGAUAGGAACGCACCUAAAGGGAUAACACCUUGGAAUGUUGGAAUCUAUAAAAAAAUUCAACAUAAUUCAUCCAAUUUUGAUUUUAUAUGCGGAGGAACAAUUAUUGGUCCAAAAUUCAUCGUCACAGAUUGUUUCUUGGACACUAAAGAGAGAUUCAGGAAUUUCCUCAUCAGAAUCGUCUUUAACAUAUAUCGACAAUGAUUCUUGUCGAAACACAUACGGAUUAAAAUAUAUGACUGAUGAUAAAUUUUGUGGAAGUUCUGCAAUAGAGAAAAGAAAAGAUUUGAUAAUGUAUUUUGGAACAGGACUUACAUUUGUACACUCUAAUAACUCUCAUUUUUUAACCGGAGUAGCAACUAGCGACGGAAAAUCCAAUAAUAAUACAAUAGUAUAUUUGACAGAUA